AUGCUUUAACUUGUUAACUUCUGUAUCUGCAAGUGGAGACGCAUUGAUAAGGCGACAUUUAGGUCAAGAAUUUAAUUACAAUGACGGGAGUGCAGUGGGAAUGCACUUCACACUCGCCGAAAUAGCAUACAUGUAUGUAUGCUGCAUGUGUGUGGAGAAUCCAAUCCACGUUCUGGAGACAUAUUCCCGUGUUGUGUCGCACAGUUUAGGUGGCAAACAGCACACAAUUAAACAACAAAGCAUAUAAGAAGCUGCUGUUCGGGCUCUUUUGUGAUAAGCUGGAUUGCGCUGUGAACUUGGGGCCGCUGCAAGUCAAUCGUUCUCGUACUUAAUGUUGAUAAGAGCCUCGCUGCCGCCUGCCUGCCUGCUGAGUUUCGUAUGUUCCACGCUAGUAGGAGGCCAGGACUUAGACAUCGCACAGAAUUCAGAAUGUACAGAACGUCGAGCGUCUUUUUGGGGACUUUUCUCCUUCUGCUGCUGCUGCACGGCGGAAUGGGACUCGACAAUGGACUGGCACUCACGCCACCAAUGGGCUGGAUGUCCUGGGAGCGUUUCCGCUGCCUAACAGAUUGUAAGCUUUAUCCAAACGAGUGCAUAAGUGAGGAGCUGUUCCGGCGGCAUGCGGAUUUGCUGGUGUCCGAGGGCUAUGCCGAUGCUGGCUACGAGUACAUCAUCAUAGAUGACUGCUGGCUGGAGAAGAACCGCGACAACAAGACCAAGAAAUUAGUUGCAGACAAGAAGCGAUUCCCCAACGGACUGAAUCCUCUUGCAGAUCAUAUACACAAUAUUGGACUGAAGUUCGGCUUGUACCAGGACUACGGCACGAACACCUGCGCUGGUUUUCCUGGAGUCAUAAAGCACAUGCAACUGGAUGCCCAGACCUUUGCCGACUGGGACGUGGACUAUGUCAAGCUGGAUGGCUGCUAUGCCAACAUCAGCGAUAUGGCCGUGGGAUACCCAGAGUUCGGACGUCUGCUCAACGCGACUGGCCGCCCAAUGGUCUAUUCCUGCAGCUGGCCCGCAUACCAGGAGGAUGCUGGAGAAAUGCCCGACUAUACGUCCUUGAAGCAGCACUGCAACCUGUGGCGCAACUGGGACGACAUCGACGAUUCGCUCGAGUCUGUGGCACAGAUUAUGGACUACUUUGGCAAGAACCAGGAUAGGAUCCAACCACAUGCAGGGCCAGGCCACUGGAACGAUCCCGAUAUGCUACUGCUGGGCAACUACGGACUGAGCUACGAUCAAAGUAAGCUGCAAAUGGCCAUUUGGUCCGUUAUGGCAGCGCCGCUGAUCAUGUCCAACGAUUUGGCCGUGGUACGUCCAGAAAUCAAGGAUAUUCUGCAGAAUCGUAAAGUGAUUGCUGUGGAUCAAGAUGAGUUGGGCAUCCAGGGCCGUCGUAUCCUGUCAAAAAAUCAGAUCGAAGUCUGGAGCAGACCCAUCACGCCGGUGGUCAGCAAUAACCAGCACUCUUAUGCCGUGGCCUUUGUCAGCCGACGCGCUGAUGGUGCUCCCUACAGAAUCGUAUUCACACUCAAGGAGCUCGAACUACACAAUACCGCAGGCUACGAUGUACAGGACCUCUACGAUGACAAAAAUCACUUGGGCGUCUUCCGCCCAGCCAACCAGUUUAUCACGCGCGUUAAUCCGAAUGGUGUAACUUUCUAUAAGUUUACAGCACUCUGAAGGGGUUCGCCUCUGGCCCUUUGAUGAUAUGCAAAUCAUUCAAUUGCUGAGCCAUAUCUGCCAUCCAUCUGCUUCCAAUAUGCUCUUAUACCAAUGUUUUCAAAAAUGCUUAUUUUCUUUGCGAUGGAAGAAGAGAAUUAAAUUAAUUUUGAUAAUGAAAAUCAGGUAUGAAACCAUAAAAGGGUGCACAACCACCCUUUGCCUUUUCUGCAUUGAUUUUCCAUUAUAGAGUUUAAAUUUGUUAAUUGAUUAAUACCAUUAAAAAGAUGCGCUACUGCGUUCUAAUACGCUGUUGUUCUGGGCGCAUUUAACAUGCUAUACACUAAAAUAUCAAUUCGCCAGAUACUUUCGGUAGGAAGUCGAAUAAUUUGCAUUAAUUUAU